GGCAUUUGAGGGAAGGAUAGAGCUGGAGGGAGUUAGGAGGAGGCAUUUGAGGGACACCCCACCAGAUGGAGAUGUGUGGGCAGCCUGUCCCCAACCGCUCGCAGGAGGUGAACGGCACGACGGCGGCUAGCGGUCAGCUGACCUUGGCACCUUACAGCAUGGCGGCUGCGGCCGCGGUCAGCCUGGCAGUGGUGGCGGUCAUCGUGCUGACCAUGGUGGGCAACGCGCUGGUGGUGGUGGCGGUGCUGACCAGCCGGGCGCUCCGGCCUCCGCAGAACCUGUUCCUGGUGUCGCUGGCGUCGGCAGACAUCCUGGUGGCUGCUCUGGUCAUCCCUUUCUCGCUGGCCAACGAGCUGAUGGGCUACUGGUACUUCGGCAGUGUCUGGUGUGGCAUCUACCUGGCACUGGACGUGCUCUUCUGCACCUCAUCCAUUGUCCACCUCUGCGCCAUCAGCUUGGACCGUUACUGGGCCGUCACCAGGGCUGUCGAGUACAACUUGAAGCGGACCCCACGCCGUAUCAAGACCAUGAUCGCGGUGGUAUGGCUCAUCUCGGCAGUCAUCUCCUUCCCGCCCUUGGUCAGCGUUGACCGUGCCAGGCAAGGCUGCUGCCAACUCAAUGAUGAGACCUGGUACAUCCUAUCGUCCUGUGCCGUCUCUUUCUUCGCCCCCUGCCUCAUCAUGAUGUUGGUCUACUUCCGAAUCUACCGGGUGGCCAAGCAGAGGACCUCGGUGGUCUCGGUGGCCGGAAAUGGGCAGCCAGUUGCCCCGGCUCCUCCUCUUCCCUUGGAGACCGCCUUCUCCCGGCGCCGGCGGCGGCACCGUGCCAACCAGGCGGGAAUCCCAGGUAACAGCCCACUGAGCUCCCAGAGCAACCAACACCAGGAGGACGAUGAGGAGGAAGAGCUGGAAGACAUUGACUUGGAGGAGAGUUGCUCCUCAGAGGCUCAGAGCCAGGCCGUGGAGCUCAGGAGAGGUCAGGAGGUCUCCCUUCCCCUCCCCUUGGCCCUACCUCCUCCGUCGUCCUCGACCUUGCCUCCGCUCCCUGGCCCAGGUUGCAGCCGCCUGUCCUGGGCCAGUCACAGGGCCUCGCAGCUCUUCCUGGAACAGAGGAGGAAGAGGAGGGGGACUAAGCCCACGUCCAAGCUCAGCAAGAGCCGGGUGGCCCAGCUGCGAGAGAAGCGCUUCACCUUCGUGCUGGCUGUGGUCAUCGGUGUCUUCGUGCUGUGCUGGUUCCCUUUCUUCUUCACCUACAGCCUGAGGGCAGUGUGUAGGCAGAGCUGCACCAUCCCCGAGCCUCUCUUCAACUUCUUCUUCUGGAUCGGUUACUGCAACAGCUCUCUCAACCCCAUCAUCUACACCAUCUUUAACCGGGACUUUCGAAAGGCCUUCAAAAAGAUCAUCUUCAAAACUCACAAACGUACUUUGUAACAAGGCCCCAGUGUACUGGAUGCCUCAUCCGAAGUGUCUAUUAAUCGUGGUGUGUUUUCUAUCCAUCUUUAAACAGUUAAAGAAUUAGCUUUUGGUGACAGAAUAAAAAUAUACUUCAGUCGGAUUUCUCUUCUCUGCAAAGGCAGUCAGCUGAACAAAUUGUGUUUUUUUUAAAAGACGGUUUUGUAUGACAGACCGGUGGAAACUCACAGGGGCAGUACGUUUCAGCUGGAUUUAACCCACUGCUUGAUUUGUUGUGAAGGAGAGCCGCUCUUCUGCAUUGUUUUUGAAGUGCUGGUCGCAGGCUGUUGAAGGAUUGUACCAUGUCUCGCAUGUAUGAAGAGCAAACAAGUUGAGAUCCUGUAUAAUACUGAACGUGGAUUACAACCAUGCUAAUUAAUAGUACCUUUCGACAUUGGUUAAUCAACACACUGUUUAUGGUAUCUUUUAGUUGAUAAUUCAGAUUAAUAGCAGUUAGUGUCAACAUUAAUUUGUGAUGAAGUGGAUUUGCAGAUGUUUGAGGGUCUGUCAUACAGAUCCAACAACCUAUUUAACCUCAGGGGUUUGAAUCUGUAUCAGCCAUUUGAUUCCAUGCUUGUGUCAGGAAAAGUACAUGAACUAAAGCGAGUUUCCACAGGACAGUUAAAGAAAAACGUAAUAAAUAAUUUCACUGUGAGGCCAUCA